AUGCUGCAGAAUGGGAUUGGUGAAGAAGUUAAUGAAACAAUAUUAAUUUUUGAUUUUUUACUAUUUGCUGGAAAGAGAUACUCCUGAUAUAUGCUAUUGCUUCUUUUUUGCUAUUAUAUUUUAUGUUUUAUUAUCAGUAAUAGAAUGACCAAAACGAAGCAUCAAAUGAAACUAAGCAGGAUUUUCAUUUAUCUCCAAGCUUUUCCAAGAUAA